AAAAACAUUUUGUUCGCGAAGUUUCAAGUUGAUAUUCCUGUUUAAUUAUGAAAAUUUUAAUUCAUAUCUUUAUUAUUUCAUCCCAACUUCUGUAUAUCGCAGUAUGUGCUCCUACAGAAAACAAUUCAGCUGGCACAAAUAAAGGCAUAAUUAUAAAUAAUUCUACACCCCACGAAUUUCAUGAUGUUGCAAGUGAUGGUUCAACAACUGGUAAUGAAGAUUAUGAUAAGGCUGAUGAUGAUAAAUAUAAUGAUAAUGGCGGCGAUGGUGAUGACGGCAAUGACGCACAAGACAAUGAUGAAGAGGUUGAUGACGAUAACGACAAUAACGAAUCUAAUGACAAAACCACAAAAGAAGCAACCACAAAAAAUUACACCAACCCUGAGACGAAUUUAUCUAUAAACAUUACAAUAAUCAACGAAAUAAUUUCCGAAAACUUGCAAUCUAAUAUCGAGUCAACUUUUUUAGAUUUUUUGUUUGGUUUAUCAGAUUUUAUACUGUUAACACCUGAUAACAGUACAAUUCAGGUACCUGGUAGUAGUACAAUUCCUGCCCAGGAUAACGCCACAACCCCUGUUCAAGAUGUUAAUACAAACUUUGUUCAAGAUAACACUACAACCCCAGUUCUAGACGUUAGUACAACCCUUGUCCAAGAUAACGCUACAACCACCGUUCAAAAUAUUGAAACCGUUGCUGUGAAGCCUCUAUAUGACAUUCCACUAUUACCUAUGUUGUCGUAAUUUUUAGUUUUUUAUAGCUAAGUUUGAUUUCAAAAUAAUUAUU